GAGCCCUGCCUGCCACCGGCCUCAGGAGAAAGUAAACAACACCCCAAGUGUCUGGGAACAAAGGCAAGUUGUCUUUCCACGGUGCUCGAGUCCUGCGUCUCUCCUGAAGAAUAAGAGCUAUUAUUAUUCUUUCUUUUCUUCUCCUUUUUUUAAAACCAAGUUUCCUUCUAAGGGAAAUAAACACCAAAGGUAGGAUUCCAAGGAAAUGACUCAGGGCAGCUGGCGAGGCUGGACCCGGCCCGCGCUCCAGCCCGCAGCGGAUCCCGCCCGGCCCUCCCUCCGUCGCCCGCCAAGCCCACUCCGAGCCCGCGGCUGCGGGAGCGCCCUGCGCAUCCGUAGGACCGGGGCUGUGGGGACACGGCCGCACCUCCCGCCGGCGUCCGCCCAGUCCGCGCCACCCCCAGCCUCUGCCGCCCCAGCCGGACACUCGGGAAAGUUGCGAGGGAGGAGGAGGCGGGAGGGGAGGAAGGGAGGAGAGAGGCGGAGGCGUGGACCAGGCGGGCAGCAGCCGAGCCCGCCGGGGAGACCUGGCGGCAUCCCUCCUGCCGACUGACCCUCGUUCCCUAGGAUAAGGGAUUGAGUGGCCACCGAAGACCCUGGGGUCUCACCAGACCUGCGGUCCCCACCCGCCUCUGGACUCCGCUCGGUGCGCGAGGGCGGCAGCCGGAGCAGCCAGGGAGGCGGCGGUUCCCGCCCCGGGAAAGGCGCCGCGGCGCACCCCAGCCCCGCGAA